AUGGCAGUCCCCGGCAGCUGCGAGCACUCGUUCACCAUGAUCAAGUCGGACACGACGCUGAUUCUCUGGAACUGCAACAUGUGCCACUCGGGCCCGCACUGGUACAUCUUCGAGUGCAAGCACUGCAAGCUGAAGACGUGCCGGCCGUGCACGGCCAAGGCGUAG